GGACGACAAGAAUACUGCAAAGAAGAAGUUUGAACAGCCUUUGCUCAACCUUUUUUUCAUUCUUGUGUGUUAUUGAAAUCAGUUGCUAUUCAGGUAAUUCUCAAUCAUUUUCUUCUUUCUGUUCUUUUCUUUUCUUUUAUUUUCUUGGAUUUUGUUUUGUCGCUUUCUUAUUUAUUAGUUUGUUUUGGAGAUGAACGCUUGAUUUGAUUUGUUUGUUAGAAGUUGUUUUGCAUGAAAUCUACAGACGUAAUAUUGUAGCUAAAAGAUCAAUGGCGAGAGACAUCGUUGGAUCUCCCAAGAUCCACCAGAUAAUGGACCCCACCAACCGGCGGCUCACUUACGCCUUCGUCGUCGCCGCCCUCUGCGCGCUCUUCUACGCCCUCGGCGCGUGGCAGAACUCCUCCCCUCCCUCCUCCCUCAAUCCCACCUCCAACCUCGGCACCACCGCCGCCGCCGGCUGCGACUGCUCCUCUUCCUCCACCUCCUCCUCCCUGCCCGCCCUCGAUUUCGAAGCUCACCACCAGAUGAACGCCAGGGACGCGGCGGGCUCCGCCGCCGCGGCCGUCGACAAGUUCCCGGCCUGCCCCUUCAAUUUCAGCGAGUACACGCCGUGCCAGGACAGGACGCGCGGGCGGCGGUUCGACCGGACGAUGCUGGUGUACCGGGAGCGGCACUGCCCCGGGAAAGACGAGGCCAUCCGGUGCCUCGUGCCGGCGCCGCCCAACUACAAGACGCCCUUCCGGUGGCCCAAGAGCAGGGACUACGCCUGGUACGACAACAUCCCUCACAAGGAGCUCAGCAUCGAGAAGGCGGUCCAGAACUGGAUUCAGGUGGAGGGCGACCAGUUCAGAUUCCCCGGCGGCGGCACCAUGUUCCCGCGCGGCGCCGACGCCUACAUAGACGACAUUAACGCACUCAUCUCCUUGACGGACGGCAGCAUCAGAACUGCCAUCGACACCGGCUGUGGAGUUGCUAGUUGGGGAGCUUACCUUUUGAAGAGGGACAUUGUAACAAUGUCAUUCGCACCAAGAGAUACUCAUGAAGCACAGGUGCAGUUUGCUCUGGAGCGAGGAGUUCCGGCGAUGAUCGGAGUGAUGGCCACCCAGAGACUGCCGUAUCCGGCGAGAGCUUUCGAUAUGGCUCACUGCUCCAGAUGUCUGAUUCCUUGGUAUGCUUAUGAUGGUUUGUACCUAAUCGAAGUCGAUCGAGUUCUAAGACCAGGAGGUUACUGGAUUCUAUCUGGUCCCCCAAUUCACUGGAAGAAGUACUACCGAGGCUGGGAGAGGACUCAAGAAGAUUUGAAGCAAGAACAAGACUCGAUUGAGGAAGUCACGAAGCGACUAUGCUGGAGGAAGGUGAUCGAGAAGGAAGACCUCUCUAUUUGGCAAAAGCCCAUCAACCAUGUAGAGUGUAGCCGAGUUCAAAGGAGCUAUCAAACUCCUCAAAUCUGCGAAAACGAUAACUUCGACUUUGCUUGGUAUAGGAAAAUGAGUGCUUGCAUAACUCCGUUGCCAGAGGUAAGCAAGCAAGAUGAAGUUGCUGGAGGUGAGCUGAAGAAAUGGCCUGAAAGGGCAUUCGCAAUGCCACCAAGAAUUAGUAGUGGUUUAGUCCCUAGCUUGAGUCCUACGCAUUUUGAGGAAGACAAUGCAACAUGGAAAGAGAGAAUCGAAUACUACAAGAGGGCUAUCCCGCCUUUGAGUCGAGGACGAUAUCGAAACAUUAUGGACAUGAAUGCUUACUUGGGCGGAUUUGCAGCAUCUAUGAUUGAUUAUCCUGUUUGGGUUAUGAAUGUUGUCCCUGCAAGCUCAAACCCUGACACCCUCGGUGUGAUCUACGAGAGAGGAUUCAUCGGCACGUACCAGGACUGGUGUGAAGCCUUCUCGACGUAUCCUAGGACUUAUGAUCUCAUCCAUGCUAAUGGUAUCUUCAGCACAUAUCAGGACAGGUGUGACAUAACAUACAUACUCUUGGAGAUGGAUAGGAUACUGAGGCCAGAGGGAACGAUAAUAAUUCGUGACACGGUUGAGGUGCUUACGAAGGUUCAGGCGAUCACAGACGGUAUGAGGUGGGAAAACCAGAUACUGGAUCAUGAAUCUGGACCUUACAACCCUGAGAAGAUCCUUUUGGCUAUCAAAACUUACUGGACAGCCGAGCCAUCAACCGAGUAAUAGAUGCUUGAUCUACAUGUUCUUCCAAAUCAUGUAUGCCUUAAAUUUUGUAGAAUAGGUGUGCAUUUUCUCUUCAAUAUACCAAUGUGAUUUCUUUUACUUUCCUUUUUUUUCCUUGAUAAUUCAAUCAUCUUAUUGAUCCACGAAUACCAUUUAGUAAGUCAGUGCCCUAAGAUGGUUGCCUAUCACUAGCAAGAAAAGUGUCUAAAUGCUGUA